CGCCCGCUACUCAGCGCCACGAGAGUUACACGGUGAGGGUGUCUUGCGAUGCCGAUUCCCGCACGAAUUAUGAUUAAGCUUGCUAUGGGCAGUGCGAUACAUACACCCGGGCGGGUACCGGCAAGUAGGCUCUUUUGGCCUGUUCAGGACGCCGUUAUUGCCGGCCAAUAAACGAGUGACCGUGUUCAGACACCGUACGACUAGUUGCAUCUCUUCUAUAUACCUUGUCGUUGCCUAAGGAUCUGGACUCUACACACCCUGGCCACACCGGCCUCCUACUUACACACCCGGUUUUCUCUUGAAACCUACCACCAUCAUAACACCGACCUUCAAAUCAUGAUCACCCCUUCCAACUGAGACCAAAGAUGAGAUCUAUCAAGCGAUCACAGCCUACAAGCGACGCGAGUUCGCCAUGGGCAGGCAUGAAAUUUACUCAGCCAGUUGACUCAGAUGCUCUGCACGAGCUUCUGAAAGAACAGUACCCACGGUGCAAGACUUUGCGGCAGCGAAAACAUAUGGCUGCCAUAGAUUUCCUGAGACACGAACUCGAAUUGAUGCAACAUGAGGCAACGGAGUCGGCAACAGGAACAUCAUGUGAGACCCAGGCACUAUCAACACUUGAUGCUUCUAGGCCAGAUGCCGAAGAACUGGCGGAGCUUAAGCAUCGAAGAAGCGUCUCACCUUCGAUGUCACGCAGCAGCUCGUACCGCUCUCCUAUGCACCUAGAUGAUCACAUACCACAGAUCGGGGUUGGUCAACAACACGUAUUCAGUAUUGUGGAAGGAUUUGCGAUGCAGCCGAAAAAGAAGCGCAAGAUGACUCCCGCAGAACGAUCCGCUUACAAGACUACGAGAAAGGUCGGUGCUUGUGAGAAGUGUAAGCGACAAAAGGGCAAGUGUACUCAUGUCAUCGGAAACCUAGUAUCGAUGGCAAAACCCUUGCAGGAGGGAAAGGCCGUUUCGCAGAGACUUCACGCAACACUCCCGGCAUCGAUGACCGCCUCCAACGCUGAAAAACCUGCUCGCACUCACCAGCAGACCCAAGACCUUUCGCAGCAGCAACGCACGCCUCUUCGAACAUCACCAAAGACACAGUCGAACACAGUACCCGGCAGCCCGCAAUGGACUCAGGGGGUACAUGAGAUACAGGAGGGCAGUCAAUCAGGGAUGUCGGGGUACGUAACUUCCCAUAUGACUGGGCCUUACACAGAGGCUCCACAAACCAGCCAGGACGAUCAAUGGAACAAUCAAAUCUCGUUCGUUGAGCCACAGACAUUCCAGGCUAGUCAUUGUGGCUACUACAAUCCACUGGACCGGAACGGGGCCCCUCCUUCAUUCUCACCCUUCCCAGGCCUCUCUCCAAGAGAGGUACAGUAUCCACCAGCUUUGUUUGAUCCGUCUUGGAACCAAUCUAUGAGCUACUUGUCUGGUGAGGCUAACCCUAGGUGACCUACUACGAACAUCUAGAGCCUUUCAUCCUUCACCAAGGCAGGGUGACGAUCGGCUUACUUACCUUCACUACAACUCAAAGGCUCUCGGUACCCCGUCCGAUAAUCUGGAAACAUGUGGCCACCAGGAGUCCCAAGUAUGUUAGGCUUGUACCUUAACGAUUCAUGGGGCCGGACUUCGUAUAGAGCCUGCGCUCUACACAGCUUUUCAUCUUGCGCAUG